UUUCAAUUCCAAUUCUCAAUUAUUUGGAACUGGAACUAGUUGGAUACUCGAUUACCCAAUAUAUAUUUCUGAUUAAACCAACUCCAAUUUCUAAAUUUUAGGAUCUAAUUGUAUCAAUUUCAAUUCCGAUUGCAAAUUUCAAGACCCGAUCUCAACUAGUUCUGGAUCCUAAAAUUUUAGCCGAGUACCUAAUUUGUUCACCCCAAGUCCCCAACUCACAACAACAAUUAGUAGGUAAUGAAACUUGACCGCCCGUAAUUGAACCCCGAAAACAUUUGUCCAAAGGGUGAAGUGGUAAACCGAGUUAAAAAAAAAAAAAAAAAAAACUUGGCCGUUAGAUUGAAAAAACUAUUUCGCGCCACAUACUUCACCGACCCCCGAUAAUUUCAUCCUUCAAGCUUCCGCGGAACUCGAGGAGAGGGAAUUAAUAGACGGCGAGAGACGAUUCUGUCGGAAACCCUAAUAUCUUCAACAUUGUUCUCCGGCAACGCGCGUCGCAAUUUGCCAUAAUUUCAAAUUUGUCGCUGAAUGAUAGCAGAUGCUGCGAGGUUUUCCGUAUUUGAAGCCUCUCUUACUGCGACCUUCAAUUCGUCAUAACAGUGUCAAAUUUCAGCAGAAUGAUUCAAUUACAGCAACGAAAAUGGAGAAUGGUACUUCCAAGAAAGCAGAGACCCAAUCAAGAGGUGCUUUGGUGGUAUUAGGACUGGAUCGAAGUGGAAAGAGCUCUCAGUGUAGUGAGCUUCUUUCUCACUUGAAAUUUCUUGGGUAUCCAGUUGAGUUAUGGCGGUAUCCUGAUCGAAACACCGCCGUUGGACAGAUGAUUUCGGCUUAUCUUUCCAAUCAAUCUAAUUUGGAUGAUCAUACCAUUCAUCUCCUAUUUAGUGCUAAUCGAUGGGAGAAAAGAUCAUUGAUGGAAGAUAAGCUGAAAGCUGGGAUCACUCUCAUUGUUGAUCGUUAUUCCUACUCUGGGGUGGCUUUCUCGUCUGCCAAAGGCCUUGAUUUUGAUUGGUAUAAGGCACCCGAGAGGGGAUUGCUGGCUCCUGACACGGUCUUAUACCUUGAUAUAUCACCAGAGAAAGCUGCUGAAAGAGGUGGCUAUGGUGAUGAAAGAUAUGAGCGUCUUGACUUCCAGGAGAAGGUCAGAGUAAAAUAUCAGGCUCUUUAUGAUGCUUCAUGGAAGGUUGUUGAUGCCUGCUUGCCAAUGGAAGAAGUCCAGAAGAUUCUCAGAGAAUAUGUGCUUGAGUGUGUCGCAGCAUGCCAAAAUGGAAAGCCUCUCUCCCACCUUUGGUUAAAAUAGCCCUUUGCUUGUUGGAUUUUGUCCAGGCCCUAUGCUUUAUGCUUGUGUGUUGGAGUCGAUUUUAUUUAUUGAUUUACUCCCUCAAUCCUGUAAAGAAUGGUCAUUGUAAAAUUUUAGGGUUCAAAUUUUAAAACUUUGAUUAUAAAUUUUCACUAAUGUAUAAAAAAUUAUAGC